UAUCCGGAUUCUUAGCGCGGACUCGGAGUGCCGCUUUUCUCUACGUGCUUUGCACAUGCGCGACUGCUUUUCCCUUCUUCCUCCGCUUCCACUGGCGUCCACGGUUCACGGAGCCGCCGCCAGAGCGGCGGAGAAGUCGGGAAGUGCAAGAUGGCCGCUGCGGAGGCCCCGUCGUUGCGGGAGCAGCCGGAAAUGGAUGAUGCUGAUAAUUCUGAGAAGAGUGUAAAUGAAGAAAAUGGAGAAGUGUCAGAAGACCAAUCUCAAAAUAAACAUAGUCGUCACAAAAAAAAGAAGCAUAAACACAGAAGUAAACAUAAGAAACAUAAACAUUCCUCAGAAGAAGAUAGGGAUAAAAAACACAAACAUAAGCAUAAGCAUAAGAAACACAAAAGAAAAGAAAUUAUAGAUGCCUCUGACAAAGAAGGCCUCUCCCCUGCAAAAAGAACUAAACUUGAUGAUUUAGCUUUGCUGGAAGACUUGGAAAAACAGAGAGCCUUGAUUAAAGCUGAGCUUGAUAAUGAGUUAAUGGAGGGAAAGGUCCAGUCUGGAAUGGGGCUCAUUUUGCAAGGCUAUGAGUCUGGCUCUGAAGAAGAAGGGGAGAUUCAUGAAAAGGCAAGAAAUGGAAAUAGAUCCAGUACCAGGUCUUCCAGUACACGGGGGAAACUUGAAAUUACGGACAACAAAAAUAGUGCAAAAAAACGAAGUAAGAGCAGAUCCAAAGAACGGACUAGACACAGGUCAGACAAAAGGAAAAGCAAGGGAGCUGUUGACAUGGCGAGAGAGAAAGCAAACAGGAGCAAGUCCAAGGAGAGGAGGAAAUCCAUAAGUCCAUCCAAAAGAAGCAAGUCUCAAGACCAAGCAAGAAAAUCAAAGUCCCCUACCCUUAGACGGCGGUCUCAAGAAAAAAUUGGGAAGGCCAGAACUCCUACUGAUGAGAAGAUUAAGAUUGAAGAUAAAGGUAAAAUAAAGGAUAGGAAGAAAUCACCGAUUGUAAAUGAAAGAAGUCGAGAUCGAGCUAAAAAAUCCAGGUCCCCAGUUGAUUUAAGAGAUAAAUCCAAAGACAGAAGGUCAAGGUCCAAAGAGCGAAAGUCAAAACGGUCUGAAAUUGACAAAGACAAGAAGCCAAUUAAAUCUCCUUCAAAAGAUGCCUCUUCUGGGAAGGAAAAUAGGUCACCUAGUAGAAGACCUGGCCGGAGUCCUAAAAGAAGAAGUUUGUCUCCAAAACAGCGAGACAAGUCAAGAAGAAGUAGAUCCCCACUUGUCAACGACAGAAGAUCUAAGCAGAGCAAAUCACCUUCUCGAACUCUGUCUCCAGGUAGAAGGGCCAAGAGCCGAUCCUUAGAAAGAAAACGAAGAGAGCCAGAGAGGAGACGACUUUCUUCUCCAAGAACACGACCUCGAGAUGAUAUCCUCAGUAGAUGCGAACGAUCAAAAGAUGCCAGCCCCAUUAAUAGGUGGUCUCCAACCCGAAGAAGAAGUAGGUCUCCCAUUAGAAGACGAUCACGUUCCCCAUUGAGACGCAGCAGGUCUCCAAGAAGAAGAAGCAGGUCUCCUCGGAGAAGAGAUAGGAGUCGAAGGAGCAGGUCACGCUUGAGAAGAAGGUCUCGAUCACGGGGUGGUCAUAGGAGAAGGAGCAGAAGCAAAGUCAAAGAAGAUAAAUUUAAAGGAAGUCUCUCUGAAGGAAUGAAAGUUGAGCAAGAGUCAUCAUCUGAUGAUAACCUUGAAGAUUUUGAUGUAGAGGAAGAAGAUGAAGAGGCUCUAAUAGAACAGAGGAGGAUACAGAGGCAGGCGAUUGUGCAGAAAUAUAAAUAUCUUGCUGAAGAUAGCAAUAUAUCUGUGCCAUCUGAGCCAAGCAGCCCCCAGAGCAGCACGAGGUCACGAUCACCUUCUCCAGAUGACAUCUUGGAGCGGGUAGCUGCUGAUGUAAAAGAAUAUGAGCGGGAGAAUGUUGACACAUUUGAGGCUUCAGUAAAAGCCAAGCAUAAUCUGAUGACGGUUGAACAGAAUAAUGGGUCAUCUCAGAAGAAGCUUUUGGCGCCUGAUAUGUUUACAGAAUCUGAUGAUAUGUUUGCUGCUUAUUUUGAUAGUGCUCGUCUCCGGGCUGCUGGCAUUGGGAAAGAUUUCAAAGAGAAUCCCAACCUCAGAGAUAAUUGGACAGAUGCAGAAGGCUAUUAUCGAGUGAACAUCGGGGAAGUCCUAGAUAAGCGUUAUAAUGUGUAUGGCUACACUGGGCAGGGUGUGUUCAGCAAUGUUGUACGUGCCAGGGAUAAUGCUAGAGCCAAUCAGGAAGUGGCUGUAAAGAUCAUCAGAAACAAUGAACUCAUGCAAAAGACUGGUUUAAAAGAACUAGAGUUCUUGAAAAAACUUAAUGAUGCUGAUCCUGAUGACAAGUUUCAUUGCCUGCGCCUCUUCAGACACUUUUACCAUAAGCAGCACCUCUGUCUUGUAUUUGAGCCUCUCAGUAUGAAUUUGCGAGAGGUAUUAAAAAAAUAUGGUAAGGAUGUUGGUCUUCAUAUUAAAGCUGUAAGAUCCUAUAGUCAGCAGUUGUUCCUGGCAUUGAAACUCCUUAAAAGAUGCAAUAUCCUGCAUGCAGAUAUCAAACCAGACAAUAUUCUGGUUAAUGAAUCCAAAACAAUUUUAAAGCUUUGCGAUUUUGGAUCGGCUUCACAUGUUGCAGAUAAUGACAUAACACCUUACCUUGUCAGUAGAUUUUACCGUGCUCCGGAGAUCAUUAUAGGUAAAAGCUAUGACUAUGGUAUCGAUAUGUGGUCUGUAGGUUGCACCUUAUAUGAACUCUAUACUGGAAAAAUCUUAUUUCCUGGCAAAACUAAUAACCAUAUGUUGAAGCUCGCAAUGGACCUCAAAGGAAAGAUGCCAAAUAAAAUGAUUCGGAAAGGUGUAUUCAAAGACCAACAUUUUGACCAAAAUCUGAACUUCAUGUACAUAGAGGUUGACAAAGUAACAGAGAGGGAGAAAGUUACUGUCAUGAGCACCAUUAAUCCAACUAAGGACCUGUUGGCUGACUUGAUUGGGUGCCAGCGACUUCCUGAAGAUCAACGUAAAAAAGUACACCAGCUAAAGGACUUGUUGGACCAGAUCCUAAUGUUGGACCCCGCUAAGCGAAUUAGCAUCAACCAGGCCCUGCAGCAUGCAUUCAUCCAGGAAAAAAUUUAAAUGAGAUGAAGAACUCCAAGGGUUUGAGUAAUUAAAUACAAAGACUGAAGAAAUUUCACAGCAGUUUAUUAUUAAUGUAUAUAAACUUAUAAAUAUUUCUGCAGCAAAUUUGAGGAAGCAUGAUAUAUUUGAAUUAACACCAAGGGUGAUAUUUCUUUUAGAAAUGUUAGUUAAUCUGUUUUGUGUCUUAUGUGAAAUUUCACUGUAGAAAUGUUUUAAUUGCCAAGACUGCACAAAAUUACAGUGCUAAUGUAUAUGGUUGCAGUUCACAUAAAAGACAAAAGCAUCUGUUAUGAGUAGCAGUGCUGGGUGGUUGAUUUGUUUUUAGCAGACUUGGCUUCAUUUUGGUCUUCAGAUACAAUGGCCAGCAUAAAUGCUGUUUAUAUUCACGUUUUCCUAGGUGUGUGUGUGCAGGCCACAGCAGCAUGCCCUUGGUGUAGUCAGUGCCGAAGGGAGUCUGUUCCUUCUUGAGCCUGCCUGCAGGGAUGUCUCCUCUUUUAAAGCAGGUUGUGUACAACAUUCAGUACACUGAAGGUAAGCUAAACCAUCAACAUCACCAGUGUUUUAAGAUGUUAUUUUAUUGGAAUAAUUGAAAGUGAGGGAUAGCUUUGUGGCAGAAUUUCCUGCAUGUGUGAUAACUGAUCUUGUUUUAUUUUUUGGCAUCGCAACUGUGGCAUAGUUACAGUUUCUGUUCUGUUCAUCACAUUUAAAAUUUGGAGCGUAUGCGCUUGAUGGAUAGAGCGCCUUCAGUGUACUGUUUCUUAUUAACUUUACUUUUUUUUUUUUAAAUCAACUUGCUAUAGACUUUAUAUACAUUUUGUUAAAUACAGUUCUUAGUGACAUAGAAACUGCAUAGUUUUCAUUUAAAUGAUUAAAAUGUUGAGGCCUCCUGAAAGUCCUCAUAUUUAAAAGAUAGACAACAUAAUGAGAUUUUUAACUAUUUGUAUGUCAUUUUGAAAGUGUACUGCUUUAUGGUAAAAGUGUUUUUCAUUUGUUCAUUGUUUGCAUUAUUUGUGAUCAUGUUGUCUUUCAAUACAGGCAUAAACCUUCCACUCUUGAACAAAGCAGCUGCUUUUUAAAAGCGGUAAUUGCUUCUUUACCUUUUAUUUCUUUUGUAAAUGAAGCUUUUCUUUAAAAUGUGACUUUAAAGUGUUGUCUAUUGCAUAAACAGUUGACACUCACUUAAUGUAAAGUGAACAUUGUUCUACUGCAUGGGAAGUGGACCAUGCAGAAUUCUGUAUGUUCUCAGUAUGCAUCACUAGAUAAUAAAGUCUUUUGUGAACAAGGCAUUUGUAGCCAUUUUUAAAAGAUUUUGUCUUCAGUGCUGGUAAGUCAGGUAAACUGUAAAUAGUUUUUUUAAAAAAGUUUUUGUUUUUCUCCUGAAGGUGUUAUCUCUAAAGAUAUAACUCAGUCUAGCCUGAUUUUUAAAUUUUUCUUAAUAAUUAGGGUCUUAAUUACUUCAUCCAGUUAAAAAGUCCUGCAAAUUUUGUCAGCUUUCAGUGUAGUGAGGUUAUUCCUAUAGGUUAUGGGGUAUAACUCAGGAUUUAACUAAUGUUUCUGCUAUUUUCUCACUUUUCCUUUUGAUGGUGCGGAAAGAGAAAAGGAAAACGGGGCACAGGCCAUUCGACGCCUUCUCCAAGGGGUCUGAUUUGCUGAGACACCAGCUGCACCUUCUUAACAAGGCACCUAAUUACAACAAGCAUGCACAUUUUGGUGCAUUCAAGAAUGGAAUAUCAGAGUAGCAGCAUUCUCCUGGUGGGUUAUGCUCCAUUUAAAGACAUGAAAUGAACUACACAGCCAGGAAGGUGGUAGAUGAGAUAAUAAGCCACCUAUGAACCUACACCGUCUCUUCAUGGUUAGCCUUACUAAAAAUACAUACAAGGUGAUUUCCAUCUGCAGGUAGAGUGAGGCCUUUUAAAUGAGGCGUCACGGUGCAGCGUCCACCUUGACGAUCUGAGCAGUGACUUUCCCACCAUGACUUACUUUAUUUUGGUGCUGGUAUGCUGCAUAUUCAAGUCUUUUGUAGGUGUUUUCACUCAGUAGUUAAUGCUUUGCUUCUGGUGCUUUUCAUGGCAUCGUUGUACAGUUACUUAAAAAGUUAAUUUCCACUAGAAACAAUUCAUCUUAUGCCUUCAAAGCUAUUGCCUGCUCUUUAAAAAAAACAAAGUUGCUUGUUACUUGUUCUUUGUGUUUUAGGUGCAGCUCAGUGGAAGAUGACGACAGCCGGAAGACAUGAGCCAAGGGUAAGGGACUGUUCUGAAGAACGAUUCCAUUUAGUGAUCAAGAUACAGAAGCUGCUCUCAGAAAAUGCUUGAUGUGUAUCCUAAUUGUUCGUGAAUACCAUUUGAGUUAUAACUUGCGUUGUAGCAGCAAGUGGUCCCCAACAACUUAAUAGGAAGCUUAAUAAAGUGUGCCUCUUGCUACCA